CGCCGCGCGAUGCCCGCCGCCAGUCACCCACCCACCAACCCAGCAGGCCCCAGCGCGCGCGGCGGUACAGGAUGCAGUCCACAUCAUUUACCACCGCGUGAGCCGGCGGCACCCUCGGGCGUCGCAUCCGGAAGGGGUGUGUGACUGUGACACAACUGUGACUCUCUCACUCUCUCACUCUACUCUGUGUGCUCGCUCCUGCCGGUGGCCGCCUGCUUCCUUGCUUGCGUCGAUCUUCUUCUCCUUCCCCUGCUUCCACUCCGACUCCUUCCCCUCCCUCUUGGCUCGGUCCAGUUCAAUGGCGGUGGACCCGCGGCAGGUGGUGGCGGGGUUCCUCACCCUCUCCAUGUUCGUCAUGCUCGGCAACAUGAUCAAGCACGACCACUUCUCCUCCGGCUCCGGCACCGAGCUGGUUUUGGAUGCAACAGGAGAGGAGUUCAAUGCAGCGAAGGUUGCAGACGAUGCUGAAAUGACCAAUGCCAAUAGGGUUGGAGUGGAGCACCAAAUGGAGGCUGACGAGGAGAUGAAACCUUGUUGGACCAAACCAAGUCCAAAAGUCCAGCCGUCUAAUGGUUUUGUUACAUUAUCGCUGACUAUGGGCCCUGAAUAUCACAUCUCACAGAUUACAGAUGCUGUGGUUAUUGCAAGGUAUCUAGGUGCGGCACUUGUACUUCCAGAUAUCAGAGGAAAUGAAUUAGGAAAUAAGCGAAAAUUCCAAGACAUGUAUGAUGUGGAUAAAUUCAUGAGCAGCUUGGAUGGUGUUGUCAAAGUAGUACACGAACUACCUGAUGAAGUGAGUGCUAAGAAGCCAGCGGUUAUUAGAGUACCAAACCGGGUGACCGAAGGCUUCAUCACAGAAACCAUUCAGCCCAUCUUCCAGAAAAAUAAUUACUUAAGGCUUGCAGUUGUUUUCUCUUCAAUAAGUUUAAAACCAAACGAGACGGAUAACAAGGACUUGGAUUCAACUGCUUGCCUUGUAAUGUUCAGUGGCCUCGAAAUGAAACCUGAAUAUUCUGAAGUGGCCAAACAGAUGUUGGGCAGGCUUAAAGAAUUAAGCAAGAAAUCAGAUGGGACGGUCUUGGCAAUCGAUAUGCGGACUGAUUUGCUAGGAAAGAAGAGUUGCAAAACAAAUGGAGGCGCUAGAAGAAAAGGCUGUUAUAACCCUCACGAGGUUCUGGGUUUCCUGAAGAAUGUCGGCUUCUCUGCUAAUACAACCAUCUACUUAACUGAGACGUGGUGGCACAAAGGCCUGAAUGCUCUGAAGGAAGCAUUUCCAAGCACUUACACCAAGGAUGACAUAAUGCCAGCUGAGAACAAAGGCGAAUUCCUGAAAUCCGUCAACGCAGACCUAGCGAGAGCUCUGGAUCUCGAGAUCUGCUCCCAGAGCGACGUAUUUGUCCCUGCUAUCGAUGGCCUGUUCUACGGGCAUGUCACGGGUAAGAGGAUUGCGUCGGGGCGGACCCAAAUCCUUGUGCCUGCUCUGGCGUCCAGCGCUUCAGCUCAGGCUUCAGACUUCAUCUCGACAUACAUCUCCAAGAAGAGCCACCUUGCCUACUCAUGCUACUGCUAGUGUUGCUUUUGUACUGUUAUUAAUAAGAUCGGCUGAAGUGGGCCGCUUGGCAGUGCUUUGGGCGCAUAUAUAAGUACCUUUGUAGUACACUAGUUAAGGUUUUGUUUUGAGAAAUAUUAGCAUAUGCUGUAUGUUGGUUACUUAAUGUUGUUUGACAUUGGAACAAAUAGUGAGGACCAUAGAAUUGCAAGUGUGCUAUGAAAUGAAUGUAAGGUUAGGCA